AUGUCAGCGAACUUAGCCGUCACCGGGUCAGUGUUGAAACGCUUCACACAGACCAGUACACUCUUGUGGUUACUGGACCCUGUGCGCGGAGAACCAACCAUCCACAAUCUCGAUAGGCACCCCAGCGAUACACACCAGGGAGCCAGUGAACGAAAAACCAGCAAGUUUCUCGACUCUAUUGCUUUACUAUUUGCUACGAGGAAGGACGGUGAUACUGUUUCAGCUGCUACGUUAGAAGAAGGGCAGCCAGAGGGCACUAUCAUCCGCAUCGCCAGUAAUGCAGGCGUAGAGGACGACACCUUGGAACAAGUGAGAGCAAUUGUGAAUAUCCUCAACCAUGCUGCCAAUGGCCCUCAGAGAGGUGGCACGACAUCAUUGGAGACAGAGAACCAAAUUCUGUUGAGAGUGAUUGAGCUAGAUAUCGAGAAAAUCAGCCAUUACCUAAGCAUGUUGCAGAGAAGCUCAGGUGAUAUAGCCGAAACUGUUGACUGGAUACUUGCAAACCCUGGUUUCUUGGGCACACUCUCGGCGAAACCAAAGUCUGACCGAUUCCUUGAAUGGAUAACCUACCUGCGAUCCUUGAUCGAAGCGGACAAUGAACCAGAUCACGACCAAAUCAUGGUGCAAAUCCAAUGGGCUGUCAAGGGAAAGUGGUCCUACGGUCCGUUCCUUGAAGCUGCAUGUAAGGCUCGUGGUAAGCCGGUAGCCCCGUGGGUGGUCAAUAUCUACAAACUUGGUCGCUAUGCAGUGGCUAGCAAAGUUCUCCUCAGCUUUGUCGCCGAGAACUGCGACUUGCUCUGCCCAAUUCUUGUAGAAGCUAUUGAGCCUCCACCGAAGCAACUUUCUUCCCUCCCUCGAAAGGAGAAUAAUCUUGAGCUCACCUUACGCCGUAGUCACUGCAGUGACAUCGAAGACCUGAUCAUGCGCCUGGGACAAGCAUGGAAUGUUACCAAUCCAGAGGGGUAUCUCCAAAAGAAAGGCUCUGGAGAAGAUCUCGUUGUACAUGCCGAAUUGCAGCUGAUCAACUUUUACGACCACAACUUGGAGAGAAUGCCCAGACACCGAUUGAUUGGAGUCAGUAAGAAAUCAUGCUUCCUGUGCAAUGAAUUCUUGAAACUUCAUUCGACGAAGUUCUCGGUCUCCGCUUGCCACCAAAAGCUGUAUCGUAGUUGGUGUCCUCCAUUCUGUAGCGAUAAUCUCGUCUACCAGAAGUAUAAAACGCUCAUCACCUCAAUGAGUGACGCCAUGGAGACAGCUAUCAAACACCAGAUAGAACAAAGGCUCGGGGUUGGUGCUCGCCGACCAUAUAAUUUGGAUUCUACAGCAGGUGUAUCACUCUCUAUAUUCUCAUCAGAUCCCGUUCGGCAUGGGUUUGAGCGCGUAUCAAGCCCAUCAAAUUCCAUCACACAAGAAGGCUCCAUCCAUUCACCAACAGCAACUCAAUCUGUAAUCACAUAUGCUUCGAGCUCAGCCGGUCAUGAGGGGUCAAGCACUCACGCGAGUCUCACCGAUGCAAAGUAUGCCAGGAUCGUGGGAGGGUCGAUGGAUAAGUCACAGGGAGAGCACAUGGACCCAAAGUUGGUCUUUCAUGUCACACGAGCUGAUGAUCGCGUGCGACAAGACCUCGUGUCAACCACCAGCCUCAUCGACCAGACUUCCAGGCGUCCCAGCUGGGGUCGUCUAUGUGCCACCUUGGCUAGAGAAUCGCAAUUUGGUGUUGGCUUCGAUGAUGCCAAGGAAUUCCUUUUGGUCAACCAGAAUCUUCGAGUCGGCAAUGACUGCCAAUUCGCUGCCUGCAUUGACUAUCUGCAAAAUGCGCGCUCUUGGAACAAUGAGGUUUUGGUGUUUUCCUACGAGGACCUUGCCAGAGUUCAAUCAAAUGCCGUAGGUAGUGCUUAG